AUGACGGGGAAGUCGCUUUCGAGCGGGGAGUCCAGCGAGAGUGACGAGUGGGGAGGUCAUCUCCAUGGGAGCCAAUGGAAAGGCCAUAUAGGGGGGAACCAGUGGAAAGGCCACCUCGAUAGCGCGAAGCGGAGUGAGCCGGACGAGGACACCCUUGACUCAUGCAGCUCGAGUGGAUCCCACGACUCGCAAGGACAGCGCACCGAGAGGGAUGAAGAGUCAAACAUCAAACGAAUCAACCAGUAUAUAGAAAAGCUGGACAUCCUGAGGAACAAAUGCGACCUAAAAAUAAAGCUCAAUCAGCAGAAGGAGAAGGAGAACCUCGUAAGUAACAUCGACAACAUAAACACACAGGUGAAGAAGCACUUGUUGUUUAAACGGAGGAUAAAUAAAAUUAAUAGCUCCCUUAGGGAGAAGUGUAAUUAUGAUGCCUUUUCGCAGAUGGAAAGGAUCUAUAAGACCAUCUCGGAUGUUAACUCGUCGUACGAAUAUACUACGUUAAAAAUUCAGCUGCAGGAUUAUAUAAGGCAGGUGGAGGGCUGCGUGAGGAGGAAUUACUUGGAUGCUAUUGAGCCGCUGAACCAGUUUUUGCAGGUAAGGAGGUGCCUGUAUAGAUAUGGUCGGUCUGGGCUGCUACCGCUGGGGGGAAGUGCCCCGGGCCAUGCCUACCGCGCGAAGGGGGUAGCCAUCCUCCUGAGCGGUGAAGAAGUGGUCAUUGAAAGUGAUAUAAUUAGUUAUGCCCAGCAGAGGGAAAGGCAGUUUUUAGAGGACCCCCCCGAACAGCAUCAGGACGCUCUUCCCCACUCGCAUGCACAAGUUCAGGCGUAUGCGCAGAUAUGCCAGACAGAUGAAGAGAACAUAAAGUUGCUGAACGCGUACUACGAGCAUGUGAGGGGUCUCAUCGAGGAAGAAAUCUGCGAGUGUGUGAAGGUGAAGGACGUGGAUGGGGCUAGGGCGAAGGUAGGCCUGUACCUGAGCAUUUUUCGCCGGGGGGGGGUCAAGAAGACGCACAGUGAGCAGAGGGAGAAGAGAAGGGACUCUUCUGAGGGGGGCGGUGAGCAAUCCGGUGAGGAAAGCCACGAUGAAGCGAGCGACGGGGGUAAUCCCGAUGAUGAAGGAGACGGGAGCAACCCCGAUGAGGAAGGCGACGGAAGCAAUCCCGAUGAGGAAGGCGACGGGGGCAAUCCCGAUGAGGAAGGCGACGGGGGCAAUCCCGGUGAGGAAGGCGAGGCGCGAAGUCACAGUGGGGACCGCGCCGCCCUGGAAGAUCAGCUGCUCCACUUCGAGGAAUACCUCUUUGUGUGCCGCGUGGCCAUGAAGCUGCUCGAGUUGGAGGUGGAGAAGCAGCUGGACCUUUUAACUCGCCAAGUAGUGAGCACGGAAGACAGCGUGUACGUGGAGUGCAUCAAAGGGACAUACGCCUGCCUCUACAGACACAACGCCUUUUUGGAGAAGCUCCUGGGAGACCAUAUAGUUUACAUCAUUUACAACAGAAAGGCGGAGCUAAUCUUUAACAAAGUUGUAAAAGCGAUCUGCUCAAAUUUCUGCAGUCAGGCGGAGCUCCUCCGGAUAGACAACUACAAUGAGCUUACCAAAUUGGACAAGAACGUGGAGAUGCUAUCAUUACUUUGUUAUAAUUUUCAAAACAUAAAAAAAUUUUUACACCAAUUGGGGGAAGAUAAAUUUCGGAAAUUAAAUUUUAUGUUCAAUUUGGCUAGCUGCAUAAAUAAAGAAAUUUUUUCUGAACAGUCAGGCUUGUUUAAAAAUUUGCCGUACGUAAAGUGUAUACAUGACUGCCUAUGUUCAUACAUCGAUUACGAGGUGAUGUUCACCAGGCACUGCAUCGAUAAGGCAUUCGUUUUGACCGACGACAUUAUGCUGUCCCUAAUUGAUGAAGAGAAGAGCAAGGGAAAAAACGCAAUAAAUUUUUAUGAGAAUAUGGCAAACUUCGAGCACCUAAUGAUGAACAGCAGUAGCAGCAAUGAGUACACGUCUACCCUGCUGGACGAUGCGUUUUUCAUUUUUCAGAAAUCCGUCUGCAGGAGUAUUAAUAUGAACGAUAUUAACACCAUGUGCGUUUUGGUGAACCACAUUAUUUUAUUCAUUGGGAGUACUUUAAGAAAUUACCUGAAUGAGAAUUUGAAAACGAGCAAAAGUAUAUACGCCGCGUUCAUUCACGAUGUUGCCAAUUUGAAGCCCUUCUCCUUCAGGGCGUUGCUGGGCAGCAUCGAUGAGACGAACUACGUGGAUGAGGGCCAGGGCAACAACCGCACCGUGGCCCUGGCGCAGAACUUCGUCAGUUCGCUGAGCUACGUGCGGAGUGAGGCCCCGGAGGGGGGGCCAGGCCGUGGCGACUUUGCAAGUGGAGGUGAUAACUCGGCACGUGGAGCGGCUAGUCGUAAUAGCUCAGUACGGGGAGACCACCCCUCGCGAGGCGGCGAGGCGAGGGGGAAGGGCAAUGCAAGUGGUAAUGGCGGUGCCGCUAACAGUGGCAUCUACGAGUACCUGACGGCGGAGCACCGCGAGAGCCUCUUCAACCCCCUGUCCGAGAGGAAAAACAUGGAGAGCCAAACCAUCAACUCCAAGUUCAGCUACCCCCACUGCGUGAACAACAUAGAUUCUUGCCACCAGUACAUUCAGAACUUUAAGCAGUUCAUCCACGGGUACUUCGUCGACAGGUUUUUAGGGGACGAAACGGGCGAUGGGGAGAAACAGAAGCGAGGGGAGGGGCAAACGGAGAGGCAGUCGCAAGCGGAGAGGCAGUCGCAAACGGAGAGGCAAUCGCAGAACCACCUGCUCAUGUUCACCAACUCGUUCGCCAACUACGACGGCCUGCUGAGCGACUUCUCAAAGAUGAGCGUCGAAAAUUGCAAAAAUCUGCUGAACAUCCUGAAGGUGCACUUUGUGGGGCAGCUGGUCGUCAUCGAGAGCGUCAGCUUUGACAUCACGAGUGAGCAGUACGCCUACUACCAGCUCAACGACCCCUACAUCAACGGCUUGGUCAGCCGCAUGAAGCUCAUCGCCUACCACAUCUCGCUUUACUUCAACCAGAACAUCUUCCACAUCUGCGUCGGUUUGCUCGCGGAGAAGAUCUGCAAAUACAUCGAGCGAAUCGUGCGCACGAAGAAAUUUAGCCUGUACGGGUGCGUCCAGUUAGACAACGACAUUAGGAACCUCAUGCUGUUCUUCACCUCCCUCACCAGCAUCAGCGUUAAGAAGGAGUUCGCCAAGCUGCUGGAAAUUUGCGAGCUGCUGAACAUAAGCGACUUGCAGGACUUUAAAGAUUUCUACGAGGAAAACAAGAACCACUUGAGUGCCGGUGAGGUGCAGGACAUCAUCUCCAUGCGCAAUGACAUUUCGGAGGAGCUCCUGGGCGCGAUCAAGCUGUACAUGAAUUUGGGAGCGCCGUAG